UCCGUGUGCGCGCUCCCGUGUGGACGUGCACUCGCCUGCCACGGCGCAGCCUCACACUGAUGGGCAGCAGAACUCGGCACAACACGGACCUGGACGUCUGGACUCUGGACCAACAACAGCUCCUGUCCACUGUUUGUCCUUCCACUCAUCCCGGUUCAGACACUCGGCACCAUGUUUACAGAGGUGCUGGUUGCCAUAGUGAUAGGAGGAGUGAUCUACUUCCUGGUUCAGAAGAGCAGGAGCAAGGUCCUGAAGACCGAAGAUGGCUGGUGGGGGGUUGGAGCGCCCCCCGAUGGAGAGGAGGACAUCUCAGUACGACCCUUUAAAAUCUCCACCAGUGAUGAAGAACUGGAGGACCUCUACAGAAGGAUAGACCAGACUCGACCUGUGGCGUCACUGGAGGACAGUCAGUUUCAUUAUGGUUUCAACUCCCAGUAUCUGCAGAAGGUGGUGUCCUACUGGAGAAAUGACUUUGACUGGAGGAAACAAGUGGACAAACUCAACCAGUAUCCUCAUUUUAAAACCAACAUAGAAGGCAUUGAUGUCCACUAUAUGCACAUCAAACCCCAGAGGGUCCCACAGGGGUCUGCAGUGAUCCCGCUGAUCAUGGUUCAUGGUUGGCCUGGAUCCUUCUAUGAGUUCUUUGGGAUCAUCCCUCUGCUGACAGAACCAUCAGAUCCAGGUGACUGUGUGUUUGAGGUGGUCUGUCCCUCCAUACCUGGAUACGGCUUUUCUGAAGCACCACAUAAGAAAGGGUUUGAUUCAGUGUGCGCAGCCCGAAUCUUCCACAAACUGAUGAAGCGUCUUGGCUUCCAGCACUUCUACGCUCAUGGAGGAGACUGGGGCUGGCUGGUCACCACCAACAUGGCUCAGCUGGAGCCCAAGACAGUUAGAGGCCUGCAUGUGAACUUUGCCCCCCCAUCCAAGCCCGGGCUGAGGGUGACUUUAUCCAUCAUGCUCGGCCGUCGCUUCCCUAAGCUGUUCGGCUUCACUGACACGGACAUUCAGAAACUUUACCCCUGCAAGGAGAAGCUGGUGGUGGAGUCCAUCAAAGAGUCUGGAUACAUGCACAUCCAGGCCACGAAGCCUGACACAGCCGGUCGGGGGCUCAAUGAUUCUCCAGUGGGUCUGGCUGCAUACAUUCUGGAGAAGUUCUCAACGUGGACCAGCAGGGACUUCAGGAACCUGGAGGACGGAGGACUCACCAGGAAGUUCUCUCUUGACGACCUGCUGACGAACAUCAUGAUCUACUGGACGUCUGCUUGUAUCGUCUCCUCCAUGAGGUUCUAUAAGGAGAACUUUGGCAAAGGUCUGGAUCAGCCUCACUCCAGAAUUCCAGUGGUCGUUCCCACCGGGUUCGCCUGCUUCCCCAACGAGCUGAUGCACACACCGAAGCUGUGGGUCCAACAGAAGUACCAUAAACUGGUGUCCUACACACUCAUGGCUCGGGGCGGCCACUUCGCUGCCAUGGAAGAGCCUCAGCUGAUGGCCGAGGACAUCCACAAGUUUGUGAGGACAGUGGAGAAGAAGACGAAGAAACAGUAGAGGAUGGAAUGAUGCGCAGGUGAAGUAGAAAAUGAAGUUUAGAUGAUUGGAUGGAAAGAAAAUGAAGUAUUCAGAAGUAGUCAUUUACAAGGAUUUACAGAUGAUUUAGAGUUGUAACAAAAUACAGGACUGCACAUAAAGAGCUGUGGCAUCGUUUCCUUUGUCUGUUUGUUUCCAUUCCUAAUAAAAACAUGUUUACUGCUUUGGUCAAUCAUGGACAUUUAACCCAUUACAGUGCAGUAGAAAAUGAGUGUGUUAUCCAUGUCCACAUAUGCAGUUCAAUAAGCAGCAGUGGGCCUGUGUACGUGAACAUGGGAGGAAUCACAUAAGUGUAAUAAUCAGAUGUGGUGCGUUUACAUGCACUUAAGAAAUGCGAUAAUCAGAAACCUUGGUUUAUUCGUUCCAGUCCGAUUAUCGGAUUUCUUUCAGAGUUCGUACAUAGUGAUGAUAAAAUCAAACUACCUGUUAUUGAGCCUGUUUACAUCCACACUAACACUCUGAUCAGUAUCUAAUUUCUGGAGUUAUUAGAUUAUUAUUGAUUGUAUAAACAGUAUA